CUGUGUCUGUGUCUAUACAUACUAAAAGCGGGCAAUUGGCAAUUGGUGUCGUGCGGUGAAAGAAAUGGCGGAAACAUCAUCGUCGUCGUCUUCAACAAAAUCGGAUGAAGAAAAAGUAGAGAUGCUGGACCGCUUGCUCACACGUCUGGCUCUCUGCGACGACUCCAAGCUCCAACCCUUACUUUCCAAGCUUCUCCCCUUCACCGUUUCCUCUCUUUCUUCUAACUCCUCCGCCGUCCGCAACAAGGUUCUUGAGAUAUUGAGUCACGUGAACAAGAGAGUAAAGCAUCAACCUGAGAUUGCUUUACCCUUAUCAGAGUUAUGGAAUAUAUAUUCAGAAGCUAAUGCUGCUUCAAUGGUGAGGAAUUUCUGCAUCCUCUAUAUCGAGAUGGCAAUGGAUCGUGCUGAUACAAAGGAAAAAGAAAAUUUGGCAGCUACACUUCUGUCCGGUGUUUCCAAACUCCCUCUUCAGCACCACGAAAUUAUACUCAGACUCGCUACCAAGGUCAUGGGUGAGUGUCACUCAAGUGGUGUAAAUGAUGAAGUUGCUGCAAAGUAUAAAACGAUAUGUUAUUCUCAGGACAGGAAGUUGUUUCUUGAAUUUUGCCUUCAUACAAUUUUGUAUCAACAAUCAUCUCAAAGCAGAGAAUGCCCACCUGGACUUUCGAUUGCUCAAACCCACAGUGUUACAGGGAAACAACCAUUGAAAAGUGAUAUACUUCUAACAAGAAAGUUAGGGAUCUUGAAUGUUAUUGAGGCUAUGGAGCUGGCCCCUGAGCUUGUUUAUCCUCUAUAUGUGGCUGCCUCUGUAGACUGUCAAGAGCCUGUUGUUAAGAGAGGGGAAGAGCUCCUAAAGAAGAAGGCUGCUGGAGCCAACUUAGAUGAUUCAGACCUCAUAAACACACUUUUUUUGUUAUUUAAUGGUACUGCUGGAGCUCAAAAUGUUGCUCCCGAAUCUAGAGUCACUCCUGCAAAUCCUGCGUUGAAAGCAAAACUUGUAUCUAUUUUCUGCCGGUCUAUUACAGCAGCAAACAGUUUCCCUUCAACUUUGCAGUGCAUUUUUGGUUGCAUAUAUGGAAGUGAUACCACAUCAAGGUUGAAGCAGUUGGGAAUGGAAUUCACCGUCUGGGUGUUUAAACAUUCAAAGAUUGAUCAACUUAAACUGAUGGGCCCUGUUAUUUUGAGUGGAAUUCUGAAGUCACUUGAUGCAGUUUCAAGUUCAGAAUCAGAUGUUACUGUGAGGGACUCCAAAACUUUUGCUUAUCAAGCAAUUGGGUUGCUUUCACAGCGUAUGCCUCAACUUUUCAGAGAUAAGAUUGACAUGGCUGUGCGCCUUUUCGAUGCACUGAAGGUGGAGACCCAGCAUUUUCGCCUCAGUAUUCAGGAAGCAACCAAUUCCCUUGCCACUGCUUACAAGGGAGCUCCAUCAACAGUGUUAAAGGAUCUGGAGACACUUUUGCUGAAAAAUUCUCAAGAGGAACAAAGCGAAGUACGAUUCUGUGUAAUGAGAUGGGCGACUUCUUUAUUUGAUUUGCAACAUUGUCCAAGUCGUUUUAUUUGUAUGCUUGGGGCAGCUGAUACUAAAUUGGAUAUAAGGGAGAUAGCACUUGAAGGCCUUUUACUUGUUAAAGAUGAUGGGCAAAGUAUGAGUCAGAAGCAGGAUCUGGUUUAUCCAAAACUUGGAGUCAUGCUAGAUUUUAUUCUUAGUCAGCAGCCAAACUUGUUAGAAUCAGCUGAGAUGAGGGAGCAGAAACUUCAUUUUCCUUCAAAAACGUAUCUAGUUAUGAUUGAAUUUCUGUUGAAGUGCUUUGAGUCAGAAUUGGAGCAAAACAUUUCUAUUAAAGGAUUAUCUGAUUUUCAGUCUUCAGUAGAAGCACUGUGUUUACUUCUAGAACAUGCUAUGGCCUUUGAAGGGUCUGUCGAGUUGCAUGCCAGGGCUUCCAAGGCUUUAAUUGCAAUUGGAUCUUGUAUGCCCAAGCUGAUAGCUUCACGCUAUGCACAGAAGGUUUCAUGGCUAAAGCAAUUACUGAGUCAUGUUGACUUGGAUACCCGUGAAGCUGCAGCACGUUUACUUGGGUUUGCUUCUUCUGCUCUUGCUACGGCUGAAUCAUCUGCUCUUAUCUCUGAGUUAAUUGCCUCAGUUAGUGGAAGGCAUAAGCUAAGGUUUGAGGCUCAGCAUGGAGCAUUAUGUGCAGUAGGAUAUGUAACUGCGGAUUGUAUGUCUCGAACACCUGCUAUCCCAGACACACUGUUUCAAAGUACACUAAAGUGCCUUGUUGAUGUUGCUAAUAGUGAGACUGCAGCACUAGCCUCAGUGGCGAUCCAAGCCUUAGGUCAUAUUGGGCUGAUUGUUCCAUUGCCAUCACUUAUUAUUGAUUCGAAUUCAGUUGAUAUUCUGAUGGUUCUACAUGAGAAAUUGAGAAAGCUACUCAGUGGUGAUGAUACUAAAGCAAUUCAAAAAAUUGUUAUAUCCAUUGGCCAUAUGUGUGUAAAGGAAACUUCAUCUUCGCGUCUAAAUAUUGCCCUCGACUUGAGUUUCAGUCUUUGCCGGUCCAAGGUUGAGGAUGUCCUCUUUGCUGUUGGCGAGGCUCUAUCAUUUCUGUGGGGUGGUGUUCCAGUGACUGCUGAUUUGAUUCUCAAAGCUAAUUAUUCACUUUCCAUGGCUUCAAACUUUCUUAUGGGAGAUGUGAACUCAUCUCUAUCAAAAAAUAGCCAUAUUGAAACAAAUGAAGCCGAGGAAGAUCGUUAUGCUAUGGUUAGAGAUGCAAUUACUAAAAAGCUCUUUGAUGAUCUUCUAUACAGCACAAGAAAAGAAGAACGUUGUGCUGGAACUGUUUGGUUAUUAUCAAUUACAAUGUAUUGUGGCCAUAACCCUGCUGUUCAGAAAAUGCUUCCAGACAUUCAGGAGGCUUUUUCACAUCUUCUCGGUGAACAAAAUGAACUUACACAGGAGCUGGCCUCGCAAGGGAUGAGCAUUGUGUAUGAACUUGGUGAUGCCUCAAUGAAGGAAAACUUGGUGCAUGCACUUGUUAACUCUCUAACUGGUUCAGGGAAGAGGAAAAGAGCUAUCAAGCUUGUUGAAGACUCUGAAGUGUUUCAAGAGGGAGUUAUUGGUGAAGGUCUUAGUGGAGGGAAACUCAGCACGUAUAAGGAGCUUUGCAACGUAGCGAAUGAGAUGGGACAGCCAGAUCUAAUUUAUAAGUUUAUGGAUCUGGCUAAUUAUCAAGCUUCUUUAAAUUCCAAGAGGGGUGCUGCCUUUGGAUUUUCAAAGAUAGCAAAGCAAGCAGGAGAUGCUCUAAAACCACACCUACGUUCAUUGAUUCCAAGGCUUGUGCGGUACCAAUACGAUCCUGAUAAAAAUGUGCAGGAUGCUAUGGCACACAUAUGGAAGUCACUUGUGGCAGAUUCAAAGAAAACCAUUGAUGAAAACUUGGACCUUAUUGUUGAUGAUUUGUUAAUACAAUGUGGAUCCCGGCUUUGGCGCUCCCGUGAGUCAUCCUGUCUUGCCCUUGCAGAUAUUAUCCAGGGGCGAAAGUUUGAUCAGGUUGCGAAGCAUUUAAGGAAAUUAUGGUCAGCAGCAUUCCGUGCCAUGGAUGACAUAAAAGAGACUGUUCGAAACUCUGGGGAUAAGUUAUGUCGUGCUUUAACUUCAUUGACAGUGAGGCUUUCUGAUGUCUCCCUAACUGGUGUAUCAGAGGCACGCCAAACAAUGGAUAUUGUUCUGCCGUUUUUGCUUACAGAAGGAAUACUAAGUAAAGUUGACAGUAUCCGGAAAGCAUCUAUUGGAAUUGUUAUGAAGCUUGCAAAGGGUGCAGGGAUUGCAAUCCGUCCACAUUUAUCUGAUUUAGUUUGCUGCAUGCUGGAAAGUUUAUCAAGCCUUGAGGACCAAGGGCUUAACUAUGUUGAGUUGCAUGCAGCAAAUGUUGGAAUACAGACAGAGAAGCUUGAAAACUUGAGAAUUUCAAUUGCAAAAGGCUCUCCCAUGUGGGAAACUCUGGAUCUAUGCAUAAAAGUUGUGGAUUCAGAAGCAUUAGAUCAAUUGGUUCCUCGCCUUGCUCAGUUGGUUCGAUCUGGAGUUGGCCUCAAUACAAGGGUUGGUAUUGCCAACUUUAUUACAUUACUAGUUCAAAAAGUUGGUGUUGAAAUCAAACCAUAUACAAGCAGGCUACUGAGGCUAUUGUUUCCGGUUGUCAAGGACGAAAAAAGUGCUGCAUCAAAACGUGCCUUUGCCAGUGCUUGUGCAAUUGUUUUAAAGCAUGCAGCACCUACGCAGGCUGAAAUGUUGAUCGACGACAGUGCAGCUUUGCAUAAUGGCGAUAAAAAUGCUCAAGUUUCAUGUGCAAUUUUAUUAAAAAGCUAUUCAUCCAUGGCCUCAGAUGUUGUGAGUGGAUAUCUUGCAGCAAUUAUUCCAGUUAUUUUUAUCUCAAGAUUCGAGGAUGACAAGUUUGUUUCUGGCCUGUUUGAAGAGUUGUGGGAAGAGCAUACAAGUAGUGAAAGGGUAGCCCUCCAGUUGUACUUGGAAGAAAUUGUUUCGUUGAUUUGUGAAGGCAUUGGAUCAUCAUCGUGGGCAAGUAAAAAGAGGUCAGCCCAGGCAAUCUCCAAGCUCAGUGAGGUUUUAGGUGAAUCCCUGUCUUCUCACUGUCAUGUCUUGCUCCAAUCUCUUAUGAAAGAGAUUCCUGGUCGGUUAUGGGAGGGAAAGGAUGCUCUAUUAUCUGCAAUAGCUGCUCUUUCUGUGUCUUGCCAUAAAGCAAUUUCAAGUGAUGAUCCUGCCACUAUGAAUGAAAUUUUGAGCGUAGUAUCUUCUGCAUGCACAAAAAAAGCAAAGAAAUACCGUGAAGCAGCUCUCUCUUGUCUUGAACAGGUUGUAAAAGCCUUUGGUAAUCAAGAGUUCUUUAAUGUGGUUUUUCCGUUAUUAUAUGAGAUGUUCACUUCUGGCACUCUCACUCAGUCUGGGAAAGCAACUUUGGUUGUUGAUGCUGCUAAAGCAGAAGAAGAUCAAGUUGAAAAGUUUUCUGUUCCACACAACAAAGUUUUGGACUGCAUGACAGCCUGCAUCCACGUGGCACAUAUAAAUGAUAUUGUUGGGCAACAGAAGAACUUAAUGCAUGUGUUCAUUGCCACCAUGUCAUCUGGACUUCCGUGGACAGUCAAAAUAUCUGCACUUUCAUCAACAAAGGAACUUUGUUCAAGGCUUCAGAAAGUUCUGGAUGACUCUCAAGAAUCUCCCGCAAAUGCCAACAUAAUUUCUUUAGUUCAGGAGUUGUUUCUCUCAAUGCCACCUCAAAUAGUUGAAUGCAUAAGCACAGUUAAGGUUGCCCAGGUUCACGUCACUGCUUCAGAGUCCCUUCUUGUGAUCAUCAAGCUGUACCAAAAGCUCCGACCAAUACGUUGUAUAGAUGUACAAUUUAAGGAUGAGCUUGUUCAUCUGUACGAGGUAGAGAAGAACGGUGAAGCGAAGUCCUUGUUGAAAAAAUGUAUUGACACGCUUGAAAACUUAAAACAAGAGAGUGUUCAAGAUGACUCAAUGUGUAUGUCAUAAAAUUUCAGAGCAACGAUAGCCGAUCCAUGGUUGUGGCUGCAUAUUUUUAUAGUGAGUGGAUUAGGAGAAAUGAAAGUUUAAGUCCAAUGUAUAAAUUUUUAUCAAAACAAGGGAUAUUGCAUUCAACUCUGGAGAACGAGUUGAUAUUCCUUCUAUGUUGCAUUCCCGAUUUAUGCGGUAAUCGUUUCAGAGUUAAACAAUUUAUCUUGUACAAA